AUGCUCUCCGCAGUCGCCUCGACGUCUUCCCUCGUAACGUGCCUCCCCUCCUCCACCUCGUCGCCAUCAUCAACCCAAAUGCGUCGGAAACACAGCGAGAACGCGACGGAGAGCCUCUACCGAAAGUGGUCCCACCUCGGAACGCCGCCCCGAAGCUCCGCGAGCAUCGCCGCCAUUCCACUCCGCGCGACACUCUCGAUGUCGGCCAAGGACCGCGCGAAAAAGUUCUCGGAGCGGAUUGCCUCCUGGGUCAGCAUGAGCAUUUGUGAGUGCUUUGAGUGA